CUCUGAUCUGUGAACGCGCCCGAGUCUCUUCAGGAAUGUGGAGUAAAGUUUCAUUCUGACGGUUUAAUAAUGAAAUAAACAUUAGAAUUUAAUGAGGAUUAAUAACCUGAGUGAAUUAUAGAGUAAUAAUUUAUCAAAAAUAAAGAGAACAGAGGGAGGAAUGGAGUCUGCAGAUGCGGUAUUUUACUCCAGCAGACUGGGCGUGGUCAGCAACCCCCUGCUGGACCAGCUCCCCAGUUACCAGUCCCUGCUGUACAGGAGGAAGUCCACGGGCAGCGGUAAGAAGCGCAGCUCCACACGGGCGCGGCAGGGCUCCACUGCCAGCGGCGCGGCGGCGGGUCGGAAGAGCAGCGACGCGGGCGGGAGGUGGGCGUACGGCCGGAGGGAGGAGAGGACGCUGCGUAACGUGGCUGAGAACAGAGCUGCCCGAGAGCUGCCCUGGUGCAUGGAGGAGAAACGGAGACACAGGGAGCAGCAGCAGCACCGGGAGUUGAGCACGUUCUCUCAGUGGAGACUCAGUGCUCAUCAUUACCUGAAGAGGAUGAAGGAGGACGGAGCCGUGCUCAUCAACCAGCUGCAGCUCUGGAGGAGUGAUAUUCAUCUCAUAGAGGGCAUGUUCGGGACAGGAAUCCUCUCCUACUUCUCCUUCCUGCGCUUCCUGGUCCUGCUGAACUUCGUCAUGUUCCUGCUCAUGUUCAGUUUCGUCAUGCUGCCCAUCGUCGUGGCCACACACAGCGCCGCCGCCAACUCCACCGGCGCCGGCACCGGCACCCACGUGAAAGGAUGUGGUGUGUACCCACAAAGCUCUCGGCAGGUGCUGGUCAUGUUCCACAAACACAUCAUCGACCUGCUGUCGGGCACGGGCUUCCUGGAACACACCUACCUGUUCUACGGCUACUAUAAGGUGGAGUCGGUGGACUUCUCUCUCUUCAGAUACAACCUGCCGUUAGCGUACGUGCUCUGUACCGUCAGCUACCUGCUGCUCAGCCUGCUGUGGAUCGUCAAGAGGUCAGCAGCAGGGUUUAAGAGGAAGCUGGUGCAGGAUGAAGAGCGCUUCCAGAGCUUCUGUAACAAGAUCUUCGCUGGAUGGGAUUUCUGCAUCACCGACGAGAACGCGGCCCGGCUCAAACACAGCGGCCUGCUGUACGAGCUCAAGACCGACCUGGAGGAGGAGAGGAUCAGGCAGAAGAUGGCCGAACGCUCCCGUAAGGAGAAGUGUCGGAUCUACUCCCUGCGCGUGGCUCUGAACCUGUUCGUGAUGGCCGUGCUGGUGGCCUGCUUCUACAGCAUCUACAGAGCCACCAUCUUCUCCCAGCAGGCCCAAGCCGAGGUGGAUCAGCAGUAUAACUUCAUAGUGAAGCUGAUGUUUGAGUAUUUGCCCUCCAUCGUUAUCACACUGGCCAACUUCAUCACCCCCAUCAUCUUCAGCAUCAUCAUCAGCUUCGAGGAUUAUUCACCCGCCUUCGAGAUCCGCUUCACCCUCAUGAGGUGUGUGUUCAUGCGGUUAGCCAGUAUCGGGGUGCUUCUCUUCUCUCUGUGGUCCCAGAUCACUUCCUGUAAAGGUGAGGGAGGGUGUACGUGUGGCUACAACCACCAGCUCUAUCCUUGCUGGGAGACCCAUGUCGGACAGGAGAUGUACAAGCUGAUGAUUUUUGAUUUCCUCAUCAUUGGUUCCGUCACCGUCUUCGUCGAGUUCCCUCGAAAGAUUCUGGUGAAUCACUGUAACUGGGGCUUGGUGAAGUGGUGGGGGCAGCAGGAGUUCUCCAUUCCUCAGAACGUUCUGGAGAUCGUGUAUGGACAGACCAUCUGCUGGAUCGGCACCUUCUACUGCCCGCUCAUGCCCGCCAUCAACACCAUCAAGUACUUCAUCAUCUUCUACAUUAAGAAGAUGACCCUGGUGAACAACUGUCGCCCUGCAUCACGCCCGUUUCGUGCCAGCAGCUCCACCUUCUUCUUCCUGGCGGUGCUGCUGAUUGGCUUAGCGCUCGCUACACUUCCUGUUCUAGUCAGCAUUGCGCAGAUCCGCAGCUCUGUGGCGUGUGGAGCGUUUAUAAAGUACAACACAUCGUGGGAGGUGGUACCGUCCACCGUGGCUCAGCUACCACUGGGACCCCAGUCAGUCCUCAAUGCGCUCACGUCAGAGGCUUUCGCCGUGUCCUUCUUCGUCAUCACCUGUUUGGCGAUGUUCUAUGUGAUAGCGUUAGCUGGUGCUCAUAAGCGCGUCAUCAAUCAACUGAGAGAGCAGCUAGCCAUGGAGGGGCGAGAUAAGCGCUUCCUGAUACAGAAGCUGUGCCAGGCUCAGUCUGACCCCGCCCUCCGCGCCAGUCGCCGUUACCAUGGAAACCAGAGACCCCAAAACUCCAGCAUCUACAUGAUUCCUCCUCCUCCCACUGAGACUCAUGCCUGACCAUGCCCUCUUCUGAUUGGUGCAUCACUGAGCAAGGACGUCCACUUUAUCCAAGAGGAGCGGUCUUUCCUGAUUGGACCAUUUUUUUCCAAUGCUUUAUUCUGAUUGGUUAAAACUGUUACAGUGCGUGUGGUGUGUUUACAUGGUGUGUGUGUGUGUGUGUGUGUGUGUGUGUGUGUGUGUGUGUGUGUGUGAGUGUGUCUAUACUGAUGAAUGAACAAAGCGAGCAGAUCUGUUAUGACUGUAAUAAAAGACACUGUUAUUGUUUUAUUUUCACUCUGUUGAGUUAUUUUGAUGAUAAUAAUAAUAAUAAUAAAUUUCCGGUCCUGUUGCACUUUAUACAGCAAUUUAAAUAAAAUCUGAAUAAAACUGAUGGAG